AUGCAGCUGCCACCCUUUGACAUGUGGAGAGACUACUUCAACCUGAGCCAGGUGGUCCUGGCGCUGAUCCAGAGUCGGAGGCAAAGGCUGGAGGCCCAAGGGGUUGGGGAACCAAGUCUCAGACCCCAGCUGGAGCGAGAUCAGGGGCUGAGAGGCCCGGGGGCCGGCGGGGGCCCGGCCACCCUGUGCAACUUCUGCAAGCACAACGGGGAGUCCCGCCACGUCUACUCCUCACACCAGCUGAAGACACCUGAGGGCGUGGUGUUGUGUCCCAUCCUGAGGCACUACGUGUGUCCCGUGUGCGGGGCCACCGGUGGCCAGGCCCACACGCUCAAGUACUGCCCGCUCAACGGUGGCCAGCAGUCUCUCUACCGCCGCAGCGGGCGCAACGCGGCCGGACGCAAGGUCAAGCGCUGA